ACGAUAGUUGUAUGUAAAUAAAAGAUAUGCAAAACGCGACGGUCAGCUGAUAUUUAUGCCAUCCCUAGACUCAGUGUAAACAACAAAAACAUAUACAUAUAUAUUCAGUUUUUAUUGUUAUUAAACAAACAGACAAACAAGCGAAACGAUGGCAAAAUUAGGUGAAGCUAAAAUACCAAUAACAGAAUUCCUCGACGCAUACAGACGCCAACCAUGCCUCUACAAUUCAUUGUUGGACACCUAUAAGAAUCGUGGGGCCCGCGAAGACGCAUACGAAGCGAUAAUUAGAACAUUAAAAAUACCGCAAUUGACAGUACUUGACAUCAAAUUGAAAAUUAAAAGCGUACGCACCGUUUACACAAAGGAAUUACGUAUAUUAAUGCGGGAAAAGGAGCUGGGCCGAUGCUAUGAACCAAAAUUAUUUUGGUUCAAGCGCGCAGAUGCAUUUUUGCGCGCCGUUUCGUUAUCGCAUUACAAACGCACUAAGAACAAAGAUUCAGAUGUACCCAUCAAAAAGGAAAUACCACAGAAAUUGCUGCUCAAUGCCGCCAGCCAAAUAGUUGAAGAUGCAGUGCAACAGCAGCAAGAUGACCACCAUGAGGAUGAGCUGGAAUCGAUUGGCCAAAUGGAUGAUGCAUAUCAUACCGAUGUGGAUGAGCAUGUUAAAACGACUAUGAGCACAGGCACUAAUACCAAUAUACUACCAAAUGCAAGCAGUCAAACGGAUGAUCUGCAAAGCGUCUGUUCUUCUACACGUACGCCGCCCAAUAAAAGUGAGCUCAUCAUCGAUGACUCCCAGCUUAGUAUUAUGGAACAGCAGCAACAGCAGCAGCAACUACAACAACAGCAGCAGCACCAACAGCAACAACAACAGCAAACAUUGCCUCGUAAGUUAAAGUAUAUGACUUAUGGGCAAAACCAUCAACAGCAGCCCCAGAGAUUAGCAACGCCUUUUCCAUCGCCUUCGCCAUCGCAGCACUUGGAAUUAGCAACAAAUGGAAAUCCAAACUUGAGUUUUACUGGCGGCGAUGAUGAUCUAUACGCCUUUGGCCAAAGUAUUGCAUCGCAGUUGAGAUCAAUAGUCGAUCCAUACGCACGUUCCGUGGCCAAGCUGCGCAUACAGCAAGUUCUCUUUGAGGCAGAGACUGGACAGAGUAGCGAAACAGUCAGUACGACGCAUUUGCAUAACUUUUAGCACUACAACAAUAAGUAGGCCAUAAAUCAUAUUUAAAUCUGUAC